UUGCAUUUGCCACCAAGACCAUGGUCGCCUCCUUCGCUCUCGUGCAGCAGUACUUGCCGGUGAUCCUCGCCAACCUCCCGUACGAGUGGCGGGGCACGACCUUCGCCAACUCGGCGCUGCUCGGCCGCGAGGCCUUUGCCGCCAACAUUGAGGCGCUCAUCACCGCCAAGCACGCGGCCCAGGACGCGACCAUUACCGAGGCCGAGCUCACGGCGACCGGCAACGCAGAAGACUACCUUCGCGUCUCGUCCAACAUCUCGACGCUGCUCGAGUUUGUCCUCGGCGCCCAGGUGGGCCUGCCGACCGCGCAAGUCUUUACCUUUGGCUCGACGACGAUGCCGAUCAUCUCGGUGCUCCUCGCCGCGACGCUUCCUGUCGUCCUCUACGUCGACGAGAGCGCCAAGACGCCAUUCACGCAAGAGCAGAUCGACGCCCUCAAGCUGCUCAACACCAACUUGACGGUGCGCGCCGGUCGCCCGGUUGCCGACGCGUCGGUCGUCGUGCUCUCGCUCCAGGCGACGCCGACCGCGGUCGCGCACGCCGACGGUAUUGUAACGCCCAACUCGGUCUUGUACAUCCACAACACGGCCAAGAUUGCGCCGGCCGACGUCCUCGUCGUGCGCAAGCGCCUCGCGACGCCGCUGACGACGCCCGUGUGCGAAGCCUACCUCCAGGCCAUCGCGAACGUCAAGGUGACGGCCGACCAAGACCGGUCGUCGCCUCAAGAGCUGAGCGCGUUCUAUGCGCACUUGCAGACCAUGUCGGGCACGGACGCCAAGGCGGACGCGUCGCCGGUCGUCUUCACGGCCGGCCUUCCGUCCGUGUGCACGCUCUGGCUUGCGCUUUUGCAGUCGGGCGGCGCUGACGUGCUCAUGGCCAGCACUGCGUACGGCGGCUCGUCGCAGCUCACCGACAUCUUCACGUCGCGUGCGCCGACGCUCUUCUCCAAGUCGACGUUCGACAUCACGGGCAAGAACGAGAUCUCGUCGUCGAUCAAGGCGGCGCUGGAUGCGCUCUCGCCGACCAACAAGACGACUGUGCUCUUUGUCGAGAUCCCGACCAACCCGGACAUGAAGGUCCCGGACAUGGCAACCCUCGCGACGCAUCUGACGUCGUACCAAACGCGCACGGGCAAGGACGUGCUUUUGCUUGUCGACACGACGUUUGCGCCGGCGUGCGAAGUCAUGCGCAAGAUGUCGGCGGUCGCGCCGGGCCUCACGACGAUGGUCUUUAUCAGCAUGAGCAAGAGCGUCAGCCGCGGCUUCACGACCGCGGGCACGAUCAUCGCCAACAGUGCGUCGGCCAAGUCGGUCGCGCUGCUGGAGAAGGUGCGCUGGACGGGCGCGCUCCUCGACACGACGGCCAAGCCGGACCAGCUCUUCCGCCUCACGAGCAACCACGUCGGCGUCGAAGCGCGCAACCUCCAGGCGUACCAAGUCACGAACGCGGUUGGGAAUGCGCUCGUGCAGGCCGUCAAGACGCACGCCAAGGGCUACGUGAUGGACCUUGCGUUCGUGACGCCCGCCCAAGCCGCGGCGGGCUUCACGACGUCGACCUUCUCGUUCAACUUGCCGCCGCUCCCGACGGCGACGGCCGACGAGAACAUUGCGCUCGCCCAGCGCUUUGUGGACUUGCUCACGGCGCACAAGAAGCAUUUCAAGCCGUGCGUGUCGUUCGGCCAGGACAACGGCCUUGUCUACUGCACCGUGCCCGCAACGUCGACGCAGGGUGCGAUCAAGGCCGAGGACAAGGCCAAGCAGCUCGUCGGCGGCGUCGAGCUCUGCCGCCUCAGCUUCCCGCCCAACGCCGACGUCCCGGUCGUCAUUGCCGUGAUUGAGGACGCGAUCAAGACUAUUUACGCGUAAACAACAGCUAACCAGACAAUACUAUUUCCAUGUUUCUUGUCCAA